CGUAAUGGUUGAGAGUCCAGCUUGCUUCAGGAGCCAAUCGUCGUACUGCUCGAAGAAUUCCACGGAGUCUGCGUACCUGAGAGCCUUCCCCAGUCGGAAGAGAACGGCUAGGCUCUCGUUCAUGGCUUUCCCUCUAGCUGCGGUCGGUCUCGCGCGAUUUAUUGACCUUUGAACUCGUCACGCGCAGUUACUCCAAUUAAAGCCCACGUGUAAGAGCUGAGGCAGACUUUCGUCGAUCGAAGCAAGAUGGCGAGAAGACCAGAGCACAGAGGACCACCUGAACUGUUUUAUAAUGAAGAUGAGUCCAGGAAAUACACAGUCAAGUAAAGAUUGCCUCAGUGUUUCCCGAAUGAUCCAGAUCCAAAUGCAGAUGGCUGAGCGAGCACUUGAGCUACUUGCACUACCAGACGACCAGCCAAGCUACAUACUAGACGUUGGGUGUGGAAGUGGGUUGAGUGGUGAGGUAUUGAGUGAAGCUGGGCACUGCUGGGUCGGUGUGGACAUCAGUAGACACAUGCUGGCCGUAGCUCAAGAGAGGGAGGUGGAAGGAGAUCUCUUUCUCCACGACAUGGGGGAGGGUCUCGGGUUCAGAGCCGGGACAUUCGACGGAGUCAUCAGCGUAUCGGCCCUCCAGUGGCUCUGCAAUGCUGACAGAAAGACCCAACACCCUCCAAAGAGACUGCACAGCUUCUUUUCCUCCCUAUAUGCCUGUAUGGCCAGAGGUGCUAAAGCUGUGUUUCAGUUCUAUCCUGAAAACCCAGAUCAGAUGGAACUAAUCACGCAGCAGGCAAUGAGGGCGGGGUUUACAGGAGGCGUGGUCAUCGACUACCCCAACAGCACGAGAGCAAAAAAGAUUUUCUUGUGUCUCUUUUCUGGAGGAGCUCCUAGCAGCUUACCAAAGGCACUAGGAGUAGAUGCCGUUGAAGGAAGCAGGGAAGACCAGGCCUCGUUUAUUGGGGCGAGACGUAGCCUCAAGAGAAAGGGGCGGGGCAGAGUCCCCAUCAAGAGCAGGGAGUGGAUCUUGGAGAAGAAAGAGAGGGCCAAGCGACAGGGAAUGACAUAUGUGAAGUUGAACUCGAAAUACACUGGACGAAAAAGAAAGCCCAGAUUCUAACACUUUUCGUUCUGUGUUUGGAGCAAACCAUGAUUUAUAACUCUGUCCUCAUCUGUAGUACAAAAAUCACAGUGUCUGUAAUCAGUUCGUUUGCAGGCUACAAUGCGGUGUUAACAACUAUUCUGCUGACUUCCACACCCUAUAUCCCUGACACUCUCCCACAUCUAUAAUUAUAGCUAGAUGCAAGAACCACCUCAGAUUUUUAUUAUUACAGUGGUUUACGUAUGUUAAUUUUUCUCACAUCUGCUUGACUCCGCUAUAUAGAAGAUAAUUAUUGUGCCAAAAAUAGGUUGAUCUUGGUAUAUAUAUAAUUUUACAACAG